AUGACCGACUUAUCAAGAGAAAAGCAGUCAAGCCAAGGAGUGUCCGUUUUGAAAAUUCAGAAACUGCUUCUCGUAAAUAUGGUAUGUUUACUUAGUUUACUUCAUUAAAAGGUCAACGUAACUCCUCUUUCGGUGUUUCUGGCCCUAAAAGCUUUGCUACUGACAGAUAUCCUGGCGGCUCUCAAUCGUCAGGUUUCCGUGCUGCGUCUUUUAAAACACCGCAGAAGACCUGUGAUGAUAAACGCCAAGAUGUCAGAGAAUACUCAAAUACACAUCAUAGUGUUUGCUGGCAUUUUUCGAUAUCCAAUUGCUUCUAGUCUCAGGUUAAACCACAGUGGUUUACCGAAGGUCCAUCCAAUGCAGACGAACAAAUUGAACUUGAUGAUCUAAGGAUGCCACCACACCGACUGGCAAGUAUUGGUGGCAGGGGCGAAGAAAGCAGUCCAGAAUUCCAAGGUAAAUUUGGUUUCGGUUGACAAUUUUUUGUAGAGGCCGCAAAGAUCGAGACCGAAGACCACAAAGACGUAUGCGGCAAAAGCAACAGAAGUUCGGGACCAGAUGAUGCGGUUAAUGUGGUUCUAUCUGAGCCAUUCAACAAUAAGUCUGGCAACUUACAAAAGGCUUCUGGUAUGACUAUAUUAGCUUACGACAUUAAAAGAAAAAACGAAAAUUCACACUCUUCGUGAGAUAGAACUUGAACUCCGCGUAAGGAGUGCCAAUUAUGAGAGCGACAACGAUAUGACUGGCUACUACAAGUUGCUAGAGAUGGUCGGCAUAAAUUUGGACAGGAGCGUCUCUCCAAUUUUAGUAAAAGUUCUCACUUUUUGGUUUUUACACUUUAAUAGACCCAAGCUAACCAUCUAAAGGGGUUUCAAUCAUCAGACCACUCAAAUAACGAAGAAACUGAAAGACUGACUCGUAAUGGAACUCCAGUGGCUUCGAGAUCCGGACCUGUGGAUGAGACCAAAAGCAAGGUCGCUGAAGAUUCACCCAUAGUACCAGCUCUCGACGAAAAAGUUCCCAGUCAUGUUCCGCAACACGUUUUCCCACCCGAAAACCUCGGAAAUAACGUGUGUUUUCUGUUAUACUAACAAUUUUUAGGCUUUCCGGUGGAUUCGUGCUAUUGUAAGACAAUAUUUUUUCUACUAAGCGUAUUUUACGAAGACAAAUGCUGCGUCAGCCAACGCAUUUAUCAGCCAAAAUAUGGAAUCUUCGGGUAACCUUGAAUCUGACCCAAGUGUUCAGCCUGAUAACGGUAAGUAUUUUUCGUUAUAAUUCUUCCAGAUGUUGAGCAGCAGUAUCAGGCUCCACACUGUAACGCGUUCCCAGAUCAUGGUCAAGAGAACGACGACUCCAAAUUCGCAGAGUAAAGUCUUUUAAUAGUUACUCCUUGUAGACAAAACACGGAAAACUCUUAUUCCUGUCAGGCAUUGCCUUUUCAGGUCAACAUGAACUUUCCCAUUAAUGGCGGAUAUAAUCGCCUGUACGACCGGUUCUUCCCCUCUUUAGCUUUUUCGAAUCCCAACAAGCUGUUUAGCCGUCCUCACUUUCAACCUUUUAUCAUGCAGAAACUCCUUCAGCAGCAACAUCUUGCCAAAUGUAAGUUGUUUCUAAACCAAAGUCUGACCAUACAUUUUUUGCCCAGAUGGUGUGAAUCAGCUAUGCAGUGAUUUCAGUUGGUUCACUAGUUUACUCAACUUCUGUUGAUCUGAUAGGAUUUAUGUUUGAUAAUAGGAUAAAAUAAAGGCCGAUAGGUUUUUACAGGGUGCAGAGAAAACUUACGAACCGACAGUGCCUUUUCUCUUACUAGUGUUUUGACGUUUGUGAGCGCACAGUCUUUUCGAAUACCGUCUUCUGUAGACGACAUUAUAUAUGCUUUUCUCCAGAUGGACUAACAGACAUGGUCGCACCUUCUUGCGUAGCAAUAUUGGAAGUAUACCUUCCCCAGUUCUUUAACUUGCUCUGUCUUUAACAUAAAAACUGCCGGAAACAUUAAGAACUGUCUUGAUGUCGAAUGCACAUGCAAGCAGGCAGUUCAAAACUCGUGUAAUGCGAUCAGCGUUCUGGUUGUAAGUGUUCUGGUCUAGAAUUCCCCUAAUGGUUGGUUUCAUCUUCUAUUUACAUAUUUUUUGGAAUCACAUGAGCGACUUGCAUCGGAUCUAUAUGCUUUUAUGGUCUGUAAACCAUCUCGUACAAAUGAUAACUACGAUUUUAUUUGCGCAUUUGUAUUGCCUGAACCGCAGCUAUCGUGAUAGAAUCUGUUUCUAAGUCGAUUAAACUUUGUGUUUUAUACUUUUUUAGAACAAUACAAACACAUUUGGUUGGUGACAGGAAAGUUUAGGCUUAAAGAUGCAAAGAAGACUCAAGACUCGUAAUUAAAGUCUUACAUAUUACUGUUGUCAGAAGUGCUUCAAUCAAUCAGAAGUUGUUUAAACGCUUUGAACAGCUAAAUUACUUCCUCAAGACGGGUUUCAUACCUUGUUUUUUCUACCCAUAUCCCAAUGCUCUCAGUAGACCCUUUAUUUUUUCUUGCAUCGUUGAAAAUGCGAAAGAACUGGGUUAUUUGCUAGUGCUGUUUUAUAUUUCUUUUCAUCGAUGUAGUGACUUGAGUGCAGUUAUGCAAGACAGUGGUCAUUUUUAUCUCAAAAUCGAAUCCACUGGACGUCUGAUUAUUGCUCUAUCUUCUGACUGCAUUUGUCCAGUUCAGUCGGCUAUCGAGUGUUCUGUAUAUUUCAAAUUCCUUUAAAAUGACUACAGAAACCUAGCCAUUGUUUACCAUGUCAUGUUGCCUUCUCAACGAUGAUCGUUUCAACCCUUCUGAGACCACCUUCUCUGGGAGAAGCCACUUAUAAUUCACCAUUCCCUUUUAAAACAAAUUUCUUUGGACCUAGCCAACAAGCGUCUAGUAUAAAAAUGAUUAGAGAAAACCACCUUAUUUGAGUUUGGUGGUUGAAUUCAUUGUGUAACGUGGCUUUGUAAGCUUGAAAGUACGUAUAUUUCUGGAGCAUACACUAUGUUUUUAAAUGGUCUCGAACCCCAAAACUGCCCAGGAAACAUGUUUAAAAUCAAAUUACGCAAUACUUAGGAAAAGUAGAAUAACAUUAUAUGACUCUGAAACAUCAUAACUGAUCUGAAAAAUCAACAUGCGCUUUAAAAGAAACCAAAAGCUGUCAACGUAUGCUUGAUUAUGCGUCCUAAAAAUCAACUAGAAAAUUUAGAAGGUUAAUGACAUGCCUUGCGGAUUUGCAAAAGGACUUCUUUUUCUACAGAGACCUUCAAGUUAAGACUCUGUCCCUUGUUUCCGAAAAACGUAGCUGCGUCUGUACAGGCGUCAAAAUAGUGGCAAGAAAAUAUGUAAUUUUUGGAGCCCAUAUUGUUUUCGUGAGGUUUUCAAAAGUGACUGGGGGGAACUGACAGAAAUUUAGCGUGCUGCAGUCUAAAAAUAUAUUUGACCUUAUAGUCUUUGUACGUGGGCCUGGUCCCCAAAGAGGCCGUUGUCUUAUGGCAUUUUUCGUAAUUGAUCAAGAUUCCUGGACUCUGUGUUGUGUCGAAGAGCCCUUUAAGAUAUCUGUCUUUCAAGUAUUUGGGUUUAAAAUCGUUUUUUGACUUAAAAGAUCUGGCAGUUUUAUUUUCCCGGCUCUGCUCUGAGACAAUCAUGGGGUCUCUUUCUAUUUCCCUUAAUUUUAUUUGCUGAGUAAUAUUAGGAAAAUAAAAACAGCUUCCACGUUGCUCGAGUUUAAACAGCUCUAUGGUGUUUUUGCGCGACACGCAGUCAGUGCUAUCAUCCUUUUCAUUCUUAACUUUAGUUGGAUAUCUGGCGGACUCUGCGCUCAAUCUAUUGCAAUGGCGAAAUUUCCAGAACAUGAUGACGGGCUACUCACCGAUGCCGGAAUUCCAGCAGUUCUCUAACUCCCACUGCACAGCCUACGGCCCCGCGAAUGGGCCGGCUGUGUGCACGAGCCCGGGGCCGGUUUGCACGAAUCCGCAGGAUUAUCGUCAACAACUGCAGCAGGAGGAGGGACAUCAAUCCUUAGGAGGCUGA